UUAUCACUGAUCCUCCAGAUCGCUAGAGUCGCCACGGUAGCACUGCACAACACUCAGGAAGAGUUGUUGGCUUUAUAUCUGUUUGGCUGGUUCUAUUAUCUUUUUGAUUUCUGUCCCCUGCCUCCUGGCAGACCGUCAAAAUGGCGAUGCAGCUUGAUUUGUCUCAAGCUGCUGUUAUGAAGGAUGAGCAAGGCCGACCGUUUAUCGUCGUUCGAGACCAGGGAAAGAAAAAACGGCAGCAUGGUACUGACGCUGUUAAAUCACACAUCGUCGCUGCAAAGACCGUCGCCAACAUUGUGAAGACUUCUCUGGGUCCUCGCGGUCUUGACAAGAUUCUCAUCUCUCCAGAUGGUGACAUCACUGUCACAAAUGAUGGAGCAACGAUCCUAUCACAGAUGGAAAUCACAAACAACGUCGCAAAAUUGCUGGUACAGUUAUCGAAAUCUCAGGAUGAGGAAAUCGGCGAUGGAACAACUGGUGUCGUUGUGCUGGCCGCAGCCAUGUUGGAGAGGGCGUCUGAAUUGAUUGACAAGGGCAUCCACCCCAUUCGGAUAGCAGAUGGUUAUGACCAGGCUUGUGAGAUUGCUGUUGCUCAGCUCGACAAGAUCAGCGAUGAAAUCCACUUCACCAGAGACAACACCGAGAACCUAGUUAAGGUUGCAAAAACCAGCUUAGGAAGCAAGAUUGUUUCCAAGUCACACGACCAGUUUGCGCAUAUUGCCGUUGAUGCGAUCCUUUCUGUUGCAGAUCUCGAACGCAAGGAUGUUGACUUCGAGUUGAUCAAGGUCGAUGGGAAAGUCGGAGGGUCUCUAGAGGAUUCCCUUCUGGUCAAAGGUGUUAUUAUUGACAAAGACUUUUCUCACCCUCAAAUGCCCGACGAGGUCACGGAUGCCAAACUGGCGAUCUUGACUUGCCCAUUUGAACCCCCUAAGCCGAAGACGAAGCACAAGCUCGAUAUCACAUCAGUUGAAGAGUUUAAGCGGUUGCAAGCAUACGAGCGGGAGAAAUUCACAGAGAUGAUCAACCAUUUGAAAGAUGCAGGGGCCAACCUUGCUAUCUGUCAGUGGGGUUUCGAUGAUGAAGCGAACCAUCUUCUGCUGCAGAAUAACUUGCCUGCCGUCCGAUGGGUUGGAGGUCCAGAGAUUGAACUGAUUGCCAUCGCCACAAAUGGCAGGAUUGUUCCACGUUUCGAGGAUUUGAGCGCAGACAAGCUUGGAACUGCGGGACGUGUCCGAGAAAUGACCUUCGGCACUACAAGGGAGAAGAUGCUAGUCAUUGAGGAGUGCGCAAACAGCCGCGCUGUGACCAUUUUCGUUAGAGGAAGCAACAAGAUGAUCAUCGACGAGGCAAAGAGGUCACUCCAUGAUGCACUUUGCGUCGUCCGCAAUCUGGUUCGGGACAACCGGGUUGUGUAUGGCGGAGGUGCUGCUGAAAUUGCCUGCUCGCUCGCUGUAGAAGAUGCUGCUGUAAAGAGCCCCGGUAUUGAGCAGUACGCCAUGCGUGCUUUUGCCGAUGCAUUGGAUGCUGUACCACUCGCACUUGCCGAAAACUCCGGGUUGAGCCCCAUUGAGACCCUUGCUUCCGUGAAGUCACGGCAAGUAAAGGAGAAGAACUCCCGCCUCGGCGUUGACUGCAUGCAGACCGGGAAUAACGAUAUGAAAGAGCAUUUUGCCAUCGACCCUCUUAUCGGAAAACGCCAGCAACUCCUUCUCGCAACGCAGCUCUGCCGGAUGGUUCUUAAGAUCAAUAAUGUUAUCAUUGCCGGUGACGAUAGCCAAGACUUCUAGAAAGCCUGUACUGUAACAACGUUCUUGUCGCAUAUGUGGGUGAAAUAGAAGCUGUAUAAGGAGGGCUCAAUCCUCCUCCCGGCGCUGUCGACAGGGUCGAAUUUUGUUUAUGUCUGAACAAUGUAAUGAAAAAAAGUAUUUUUGUAGGGAGAAAAGAUACUUUGUUCCAUUUCAAUAUUCCUGGAGUGGACCGACCAAAUCGUACUUCAGGAUUUCCUGAUAGUGUCCUGUUUGACGAAAGCGAAGGCCGUAUACGAUGUACCCAAUACUGGGGUAGGGGAUCAAGACUGUAAAGGCUGAAUCACAAGUCCCUCCUGGUUGACUGCUUCCUACUUGGGUCAUGUAAUAGCAUUCAAUUUAUCUCCCUAGGUUGAUCCGGGGAAGCCCACAGUCUGAAGCAGAGCUGAAGCGAUUCAAUAGGUAUGAAAGCAUUCCAGAUACACAACUCUAGCAAUAGCCCCUAGCGAACCAGCAGGACGGUCGUGUUUGGCUUUAUGGGACAGCGGAACUGGCAACAGUUCAGGAGCCUGUACCGCGUACCUGUAUGGCUCCUGGCUUUCCAUUUCUUCCUUUUCCUCCGCAGCCUUUAUCUUUGUCUAGCUGUUACAUUGACUACAUCCAGAAUCUGGCUCAUGGAGCAAAUGUUGAUGCUUCUAUGGUCUCCUCGAAGCCAUUUUUCGCAAACAAAACCAUUUAAUGAUUUUACAGUUAUCGAGCGACCAAAAAUGGCGACUUCGAUGGUCCUUUCUCAAGUCUAACCAAAGCUGAUGAGGAUGUAGUUAC